UUGAAAAUAUGAUGUUGUUUUAAUUUAGUGCAGAGAUUUGCUAGGAUUGAAAUAAUUCCCGUUUGUCUUUAUUAAUGAUCUCUGUUUCGUAUGCUGACAAUAAAUAAGGCAUUACUGAUAAUUUACAUGCUUUUUCUGGGGCAAAUUAAUUUUAAUGACACAAGGGAUUGCUCCACAAUUGCUGAUCAGGUGCAAGUGACAUCAAGUGCAAUAAUGAAGAUAUAACUGUUAAUGGUGAUUGUCUAACAGUACUAGGAAACACACGGACAAUUUCCAAACUAUGAUGAUGGAUAGCCAAAGUCUGGUGACAAGAAUCGCACUUGUUUUUUUACUCCGAAAUUCCGUCAUAGCAGAACUUCGUGAUAGAAAUAUCCAAUGGCAGAUACCUAUAGGUAUAAUCAAGGACAGACGAGAUGAAGUGACGUUUACAGGGUUUUACUACGGUGUACAAAUGUUAAAACAAGUACAGUCACAGGCAUUCGAGCUGCAUACUCCUGUUGAAUAUGUCGACAAGUCGGACAGUUAUAAACUGGCUCAAGCAAUAUGUACAUCGAUGUCGGAUGGUGUGUUUGCGUUGUUUGGUACGAAAUCCUAUCGUUCCCAAGAUAUUCUGACGUCAUACUCUGACAAAUUCCAUAUGCCAUAUAUUACAAUCAGCUCUAUAUUGGAAAGCAUGCAAGGGAAGUAUGAAAUACAUAUGAAGCCACCAUUAACACGGAUCUUGAGAGAUUUGAUCUUAGCCAAUAAGUGGGACAACAUUUCCUAUGUUUAUGAUUCCGACGCAGGAUUAAUGCGUUAUCAGGAAUUAAGAGAAUUGCUCCUACUGAACAAUACUGAUCAUCCCGUUAAUAUAAAAAUACGAAGAAUACAGAACAUAAAACAAGCGCAUGACGACCUCAAAUCUUUAGAUUCAAACGAGUUAAGAUCUACCACAAAACAGAUUCUAAUUGACCUGGAGUCUGAGGAAUCAUAUGUUGUAUUUUUGCAGCAGAUACGAGAAGUUGGAAUGAAUAAACAAAAUUAUUCAUACAUUUUAGCAACGCAGGACUUUUUGAGUCUUCCAGUAGAAAAGUUUCGCCAUGGUGGAGUUAAGAUUACAGGAUUUCAGCUGAUAGAUUAUUCGACAUACAAAGUUCACCGGUUUAUAGAGCAAUGGAAAGCGCUAACAACAUCCUUGUGGCCCGGAGCAGGGGGUAACAAAAUAAGAGUUGGUGCAGCUCUUUCUAUUGAUGCAGCAACGAUACUACAGGAAACGAUUAAAGAGAUGCUUGAAAAUGACCCUAAUGUCUUCAAAACAACAUUUAGACGUGCAGAUAUUUACAACUUUAAUACAACCAAAGGGAUUCCAUGUUCCGGUGGUAGGCCUUGGAUGCAUGGCCAAGAAAUAAUGAGAAGAAUGAAAGCUAUGGACUUUGAUGGUUUGACAGGAAGAGUCACUUUUGAUGAAAAUGGUAUGCGCAGAUAUUUCAAUAUGGGAGUUUAUCAUGUGUCACUUGAUUUCGGGCCUUCAAAGAUAGGUGAUUGGAAUUCCGUCAAUGGUUUCACAUGGAAAGGACAAGAGGAGAAGAGUGAAGAAAAGAUAGAUGAUAUUGACAGAGAUAUCAAAAUUGUGAUUAGUGUGCUGGAAAAACCUUUCUUUAUGCUGAAAUCAGAACCACAGAAAAAUGGAUCAGCAUGGACAGGAAACGAUCGAUAUGAAGGUUUUUCCGUAGAAUUGAUACGAGAAGUUGCAAGCAUUGUGGAUUUUAAAUACAAGUUGAAGCAUAGUACUGAUGGAGUUUAUGGAACAUAUAUAUCUGAGAACAGUUCGUGGAAUGGACUGAUCGGUCGUAUCAUAAGAAAGGAAGUUGAUUUAUCAAUCGCUCCAUUGACUAUAACACGAGAUAGAGAAGAGUAUGUUGACUUUUCAGAACCAUUUAUGAAUACUGGUAUCAGCAUUAUGAUAAAGAAACCAGAUAUUCAGAAACCUGGAGUAUUUGCGUUCAUGCAACCUUUCUCUAUAUUUUUAUGGUUAUGUAUCGUAAUAUCAUACUUUGUCGUCAGCGUUGGAAUAUUUCUAGUAGGAAGAUUUAGUCCAUCUGAAUGGGAAUGGUCAAAACCGUUUAAACUUGGGAAUAAUAAAUUUAAUUUAGCUAGUUCGUUUUGGUUUACCAUGGGAUCUAUGAUGUUGCAGGGAUCAGACACUUGUCCAAGAUCUAAUGCUGGAAGAAUAGUUGGUGGAGCUUGGUGGUUUGUCGUGUUGAUUACAAUUUCAUCUUAUACAGCAAAUCUAGCGGCAUUUCUGACCAUAGAAAAGUUACUUACCCCUAUUGAAGGCGUCGACGAUUUGGCAAAACAAACAGAAAUCGCAUAUGGAACAUUAGCAUCAGGAUCAACACAGGAUUUUUUCCGUAAAUCCGAGGUGCCUGUAUACCAAACAAUGUGGAAUUACAUGACUUCUGCCCAGCCAAAGGGAUUUGUUAAAUCAGCGGAAGAAGGCGUUGAACGGGUGCGUAAUAUGAAAGGAAAGUUUGCUUUUCUGAUGGAAUCCGUUUAUAAUGAAUACUUCAAUCAUCAAGAACCAUGUGAUACCAUGCAAGUUGGACCAAAUCUCAAUUCAAAAGGUUAUGGAAUCGCCACAUGGAAACGCUCUGGUUUAAGGGAGAAAAUAUCAAUAGCUGUCUUAAAACUAAAAGAGAAUGGGAUGUUAAUUAAAUUGAAAAACCAAUGGUGGAUUGAAAAGGGUGGAUGUGGAGUCCAGGAAACACAUUCGAAGUCAAAGAAACGAUCACUUUCGUUGAACAAAGUCGCGGGAGUUUUCUUCAUUCUCAUUGGUGGACUUGUAUUUGCAAUUGUUGUUGGUGUCAUUCAUUUCCAUAAAACAAAGACCAAAGUUCAAAAGUUAGGCGGUUUAUAUUUCUUUGGAAAUGACAUGAAAUGUACAGCUAACAUUGAGUAUACUAGAUGUCCAUCUGAGAGCACGAAUGAGCGUGUAGUAACAAACGGUCGAUCAAAUGGAGAAAAACCUCAGGCAGGUUGGCAUGAAAAUGAAGAACUUGGAGUACCGAAUCUUGAUCAUCACGUGUGUCAAUCCAUAGAUAAUUCUGUGCACAGAAACAGACACGAGCCUGUACAACGUUUAUCUACCAAGAAAAAGUCUUGAAGAUAGAAGUAUGGAGUGUAUAUAUAGAUACACUUUAAACAUACAGACUGAUAUGGUUUGAGGACUAUUGUACUGUAUGUUGGUGUUAAAGCACACGAGUUUUGUUCAUUGCAUAUUGACCUUUCCCACCUAGCAAGAUGUUGCGUUUUAAAAUAUGAUACGAACAUAUACAAUAAACAUCUUUAUUAUGCUAGCUAUGGAGUUGCAGUAAGAAAUAUCUUUUUGGUGUACUGCAGCUUAUGUUUUUGUGUAAAAAUCAGGAACAAAGAUAAUUGUUGUCUGCGACUAGCUUUUAGUAGUUUUUUCAUCAUACAUUGCAUAUUCUGAUUACAUUUUUUUUAAAAGGUGCUGUUUUUUGUACCGAUUUUUAUGGAUUUAUUUUUUAUUUCACUUGUAAUACACAUUUAUCAAGGUAUAAACAAGUCUUUGUUAAGUAUUCAUAUAAUUUAGUUUAUAAACUUUUCAUUUUUCUAAUACAUUUUGUCUUUUAGAAUAUUUUGGCCACGAGCAUUUCUGAAAAUAUAUGAUUGUAUUGUCGAAAUGAACAUCUGGUUCAGAAAAAAUGGUACCGUAAAUUUUUUUAUCAAAGACCAUAAUCAUUUGUCAUGAUGUAUGUCAGUAUCUUAUUUAUUUGCUUACAAUAAGUCUAAAUAAAAAUUUAUAAAUUAUAACUUGGCGAUAUUUCUAAUUUUGUUGAAUCUUAUACAUUUUAAACUCGUUAUUCUGAUUCAGAAUAUCGAAAAGAAAAGGUACAGUACACUUCCAGCGAUACAUGAACACUAAAUUUAAAAAAAAAUUAAAUAGAUCUAUAAUAUAUGCAUAGAAUACACUUUAAAACACCAUAGCUAUACAUUUUCUCAUUUUAAAUUGCUAUAUGCACUCUGAGAAAAAAAACGUCAAAAUAAAAAAAGCUUUACGUCAUGCUGCAAAACCUUUGCUUUUCAUUUUUUUUUAUAUGAAUAUAAAUGAUUAAGACAACAAAAACGAAGCCGGUGACCUCCCAUUAUUUUCAUAACAAAUCGGAAAUGCAAAACAAAUUUCUUAGUCAGAAUUUCUAUAAAUCGCAAUUUAAUAAAGUGAGUAAACCCAUAACGUGUAGUUAACGACCUGAUUUAAAAAAAGAGGUUUUGUACGUGCUUUCUACAUAUUGAUAAUUCUUUUUUUAAUGCGUGUAUAUCUAUUGUGUACAAUUGCUACAUAUAUAAGAUUUCGAUAUUCAGAUGUAGUGCAGCGACUUCAAAAAGCAUACACAGUUUCAUAUCAUCCGAAAUACCGCCCAAUUAUGUAUACUUUACCUGAAAGUCAUGUAAAUAUUUGCUGUAUCAGCGUUAAUCGGAAUAAACUGAUGCGUAUGUUC